ACGUUCAACCCGCCAAGAGACAUCAUGUUCCUGCCUUGCUGUCAUUGAUCUAGACUUCUUGAGUUACUUUGCCUUUCCUUAUUCCUUACCGCUAUCGUUUCUAUCGCUACCGUUCUUUUCUGAACCCCUCUAUCGUUUGCACUAUCGUUUGGUGUCUUUUUUUCCUUUCGUGGUUACCUUUCCUCUUACCUUUUUCCUUCUUUUGCUAUCGCUAAGUUUACUUUAAAAUAGAAUUAGUGUUUGUGUGCCCGAGUCACCGGCUAAGGGGCUAAGAUUCAAGUGUGCUGACCUUGAAGUAGAACACGAGAAGACGAUGUUUUUGGGCUGCCAGAAAGAAGAUCUCGUCCUGGUUUUAUUCGUGGCAAUUUUCUUUGCUUCGAGCUGUGCUUUGACGGGGAAAAAUAAUCGUCCUGAAGUGACAAUCUCCCAGGGAAUCCUGCGAGGAAAAACACUCACUACUCGCUAUGGUCGAAAUGUAUCAGCGUUUCUCGGAAUUCCUUAUGGGCGACCGCCGAAAGGGGAUCUUAGAUUUACAGCUCCUGUUGCAGCAGAGAGUUGGAACGGAACUCGAGACGCUAGUAUUGAUGGAAAUAUUUGCCCACAAGCCCAAUAUGAUGAAAUUGUAGGAGAUGAGGACUGCCUGUAUAUAAACGUGUAUACUCCACACGAAAUGCUUUCAUCGUGUGAUCCACACAUUAAGGUUCACGAAUGCCCGAAGUCGACACUUUUUCCGGUUAUGGUGUUCUUCUAUGGUGGAGGCUACGUCUCAGGAAGCUUUCUUCCCACGUCGUAUGGUCCAGAGUACAUUCUUGACAAGGAUGUGGUUCUUGUCGUAUUCAAUUAUCGCCUAGGACCAUUGGGAUUUUUGAGCACUGGCGACGAGGUGGCGUCUGGAAAUUGGGGACUAAAAGACCAAAUCUUAGCCUUAAAGUGGGUUCAGGACAAUAUCGCACAUUUUGGUGGUGAUCCUGAUCAAGUGACUUUGUUCGGACAAAGUGCAGGCGGUGCUUCUAUUCACCUCUUGUCGCUGACAAAUGUCACGAUUGGACUCUUUCAUCGAUACAUAACGCAAAGUGGACCGGCACUUUCUUCAUUGGCUUACUUGCCCAGAGCUACUUGUGCGAGGCAUGCAUUCAAACUUGGGGAAUAUGUCGGCUGUUACAACGGAACUUCAGAUUCUUUGAUCAACUGUUUACGGACAGUAAAUAUCUCGGAUAUUAUAGCCGCAUAUCCGAAGUUUCACGUAUGGGAAUCAUAUCCUUUUUCCGUAUGGACUCCAACCGAUGAGCUGGAUAUGGAAGGCGCUGUGCUUACUGCCAGUCCAGCUAAUUUGAUAAGUGCUGGUCACAUCCGUGAUUUACCUUGGAUUUCUGGUAUGACACGGAAUGACGGGCUACUAGAAACUGCAAAGUUUUAUGUCGACGACGUACUGCUGAGUGAUUUUCUGGAAAAUUUUGACACUCUACUGCCUGUUUUCCUAAUGUCGUCUCAUGCUCCAGAUGUUGUUGCUGAUUUUAUCGAAGCGAUCAAAUUGUACUACUUCAAGGACAAUUUGACAAUCAGUAAUAACGUGCUACUUGAGAAUCUUACCAGACUCGUGAGUGACGAUUUUUUUUACUACCCGGUUUACGAAGCAUUCCAGAAACAGCUUGAACUAGCUGUGAAUCCACAAUAUCUGUACAUUUUCAACUAUCGCGGUACUUUCAGUAACUCUUACUUAGAAACGGAUUCUACAGCUAACUAUGGCACGGCACACUCCGAUGAUUUGAUAUAUCUUUUUCCAUCGGAAGCAAAAUUCUCGGGUAUUAAUAAAACCAUGAGCAUAAUGGAUUAUCAAAUGGUGGACAUUAUGGUGGAGUUGUGGAAGUCUUUUGCUAUUAAUGGAACACCUUCGGUUUCAACUUCCGACCGUACUACAAUAUGGAUGCCGUAUUUGAAGGAGCACAAUUACCUACGGAUCGGAAAUGUAUCCAGUGUCGAACUCAAUCUGGAAGAUUCCUUCUUCAAAGAACGAGUGCAGUUCUGGGACAGUUUGAAGACCACGUUAAAGUGCGGCGGUCGCAGAAAUUUACGUAAAAGAAAAAAUAGACCACUUGAUAUCAGGUUUAGAAAAAGGAGGAAGAAUAGUAUACCUGUAUGCUGAAAGUAUGUAUGGUAUAAACCGAGUAUAACUGUCCGAAUUAUAAUUUCAACAUUUAGUAUUUUUAUGUUUAACAAUGCUGUCUGAAAUAAUUGUUCAUUAAACUUAAGUAUGGCCGAGCAUUUUUUAAGUAGAUUCAAUUUCAUUAGCUACGAUUAAACUUUUUCUACCUCAUGUGUUUGCUUUGACACAAUUUUGAAUCGACCUGUCGGUCCUUAAAAUGCUAUAUUGCCAAAUUUCUACACUGCUGAUGCGCACGCAAUUUCACGAUAUUCUUACUUCUGCCAAACUCGCAUUAGAGAUUUGCAAAUCCAGUGACAGCCGACAGAUGGAAAGGAAUUCCCAAUACAAGUGACGAUGCAAGUGGCUGCCUUCGGGCAUCAGGUGAUCUAAUCGUGGGAAAUGGGGACUGCCUGUAUUUGAAUAUGUGCACGCCGCAGGUUAUUGAUGAAUUGCGAGAAAUAAUGUCAACUUUGUUUUUUCAAAAAAUGAGACUUUCAGAUCCGAACUUCUGCAGGAAAUCUGCAGGGGAAAAAAUUUCUGUAUGACUUAUUAUUUCCGAUAAAAUGUUGGACCGGCUCACUUCGUUGAUAAAGUUAUUUCACAGUGAGGAGUUAGCCACUUAUCAGUUCGUGUGUACAUUCGAUUUCAAAAUCUCACGAGAUUUAAAAGGAUUUCAGAGAUUUCAAAGAUUUCAUAAGAUGAAUGAUGUACAUCAGAUUUCAAGGCAGCAGGAAUUUUCACAAUUGAAACAGCGUCAAUGAAAAUUUCUUUGACAACGUACUUCAGCUUCCAAAUGGAAAAAGAUCACCACUACUUCUGGUUAUAAUGUUCACUCACGGCGGAAGAUUCAUUGAAAGAAGUGCUUCUUCAAUGCGAUAGGGCCCAAAAUAUGUGCUUGACGAAGACGUGCUCCUUGUUACUUUCAAAAACCGCUGAGGCCAUUCGGGUUUUUGAGCACUGGUGACGAAGUGGCGUCUGGAAACUGGGUCCUCAAGGUCAGUUUUUAAAUGGGUUCAGGAUUACAUCGAAUAUUUUGGUCGUGAUCUUGAUCAGGUGACGCUUUCGAGACAGCUCAGGUGGCGUUUGUGUUCACUUCCCGACGCUCCUCAAUGCCACAGUCGGUAAAAAUUAACGGCUCCUUUUUAAUAAAUUCUAAAAGUCAAUUAAUUUUCAGCCAUAGCAUUAAAUUCCUUAGAGGUUCUUGCUGACAGAAAAUGUAAUCUUGUAAAUUUAUCUAGCGAGCUCUGCAAGGCCAGUAAUUUUUUGUCGUUGACUCAAUGGAGCUUUUCCAAUACUUUUUUCAGCUUGUAGCUUGUACAACAGGUUGUGAAGUAUGCCUGUAGUAUUCUGUUCAAGGUUAAACGACGAUUAGAUGAAAAUUCGUCGAAAACUUUAUAGAAGUUCGAAAUUGUUUCACUCAUGAGAGAAACAAUGCGUAAAAUGAGGUUAGCUUGCUCGGACAGUAGUCCGAGAUAUUUACUUUUUCAAGCAGCAAGCUUUUUCUUUCAUAUUUCCUGACUUAGCGUUUUAUGAGAAUUCUACAAAGUUCGAGAACUUUCUGAAAAAAUUCGAUGUCACACGCACAGUUUUGUUGAGUUUGAUUUACCAAUCGGCUCCUCUCAAACCUGACACUCCUCAUCGGUGAAACUUACUUCGUAUAUCCUAUCUUCAACGCAGUUCGAAAGCAGCUCGCUCUGGCGGAUAAUCGGCAGUUUUUUAAUGAAUGAAAACUAUACGUUUACGGUGGUUCAACAGCCAACUACGGUGUGGCGCAUGGUGACGACCUGAUUAACCUCUUCCCAAGAAAUCAGUUUUUCAAAAAUCUGUAGAACCAAACCAUGUGUGAUACCGACUUCCAAAUGGAUGACAUCAUGGUGCUUCUAAAAUAACUCCCAUAUUUUCAACUUUCAACGGCAUCACGAUGUGGGAGUUUUACUCAACGGAAGGCGAUUACUUACAGAUAGGAAAACAUUUCAACCUUACACUAAAGCAGCGAUAUUACUUCUUCAAAGAGCGAAUACAAUUUUGGGAUGCUUUGGUUGGACAACAUAUCAACACGCAAGCAGAAAUUGAUAGGAAUAGUAAUUCCGAAACAAAUGUUUUGAGAAAAAAUUUAGUAAGCUGAUGUGAAACUUGCCUCUCAAGGGUGUGUCGGAUGACCGACCGAGUAAGUGAAAUGUAUUUGGCACUUAUUUUUCUCUUCUGCAAAGUAAUUGAAUUCUUUCAAACUUUAGGGAAUGAUGGAAAUAGCAAUUACGCUUUUAUGGUCAUUGAGAAUAGUUAAGAAAAUAAACGAAAACGCUGUAAUAAAUAUACUUGCAGCUGAUUCUCAUUAACUUUGAAGCUAUGGCGUUUUAAUCUACAACCAAGAGCCAUUUUUUCAACUUUUCCAUGAAUUUCUCAAACCUUCCGUACUUGCUAAACAAACGUGAUCAUAAAUUCUAUAAUUUCCCAAAUGUUAAAUCGACGAGUUUAUCGCUCAGAAGAGAAAAACGUGUCAGCAAUUACAAUUUGCUCAAGUGGUCGGUAGAAUAUAA